AUGUGGCGGGGCGUGCGAUGGCGCGUGGCGGGCCCGCUGGUGCUGGGAGCGCUGCUGCUGUGGGCCUGGGCGCUGCGGACGCCGCAGCCGGCGCGGCGGGCGGACGACACGGUGGCGGGGCGCGAGCUGCCGCUCAUCUUCAUCGGCGGCGUGCCGCGCUCCGGCACCACGCUGAUGCGCGCCAUGCUGGACGCGCACCCCGACGUGCGCUGCGGCCAGGAGACUCGCGUGGUGCCUCGCAUCCUGCAGAUGCGCCAGCACUGGAUGCGCUCGCAGAAAGAGAGUGUGCGCCUCGAGCAGGCUGGCGUCUCCAAGGCGGUGCUUGAUAACGCGAUCGCCGCGUUCUGCCUCGAAGUGAUAGUUCGGCACGGCGAUCCCGCUCCGCGGCUCUGCAAUAAGGACCCACUUGUGUUGAAGAUGGGCACAUAUGUGCUGGAGUUGUUUCCUAAUGCUAAGUUUCUCUUCAUGGUUCGUGACGGCCGUGCCACUGUUCAUUCUAUAAUAACUCGCAAGGUGACGAUCACGGGGUUCGACCUUUCGAGCUACCGGCAGUGCCUGACUAAGUGGAACCACGCAGUGGAGCUGAUGUACCAGCAGUGCAAGUCCCUGGGUAGUGCUCGCUGCAUGCUGGUGCGCUAUGAGUCGCUAGUGCUGGCGCCGGCCGCCACGCUGCGCCAAGUACUUGCCUUCCUCGACCUGCGUUGGCAUGACAACGUGCUGCACCACGAGCGCUACAUCAACCAACCCAACGGCGUCGCGCUCUCCAAUGUGGAGCGGUCGUCGGACCAGGUGGUGCGGCCGGUGAACCUGGACGCACUGGACAAGUGGGUGGGGCAGCUGCCGGCCGACGUGCGCGCAGACAUGGCCGAGCUGGCGCCCAUGCUGUCCGUGCUGGGCUACGACCCCUGGGCCAACCCGCCGCACUACGGCACGCCGGAGAACACCGCAUCACACCCACCCUAA